GGGUCAGUCCAGGGGGGUGUCAAGAAAAGUCGAGCAAUCAUUUUUUCCCUUAUGGCGUGGCAGCGACCCAAAUAUCUGGCUCUCCAGGCCACUAACAAAAUAAAAAUACACACUGCAUGCAGAAGGAAUUCUGGGCCUGGAGGGGAGGGAGGGAAAAAGAAAAAAAACGAGAACAAGGGUUGACGUCUGCAGCUACAGUCGCAUCCAUCCAUCAAAGCCUGCCACGUCGCAAUUUCACGGCGCGGCACGGUCGCUGGACACUUCGCGCCAUCCCGGGGCUGCAUGUCAUCCUGCUCCCUUAAGACCCGGGUACACAAUUACAGUGCGAAUUUGGUAAAGGGGGCGCAGAAGCCGAUUUCUUUGCCAAUAUUGGAAAAGAAGCCGCCGUCAGUCUGCCCCUUGUCACUUCCGCUUCAUUCCCCUCUUCGGCAAAGGAGCAGGCCAAUUAUUGCCGUGUCCACACCUCAAUUCCAUAAACAGGAGGGACUUGAAGAAGAAAAUAUGUCAUGGGCCGUUUGGUGCGUCGUUUGCACGUACAUGUGUGACGUGACACUGGCCUCAAGAUAUCUUCAGAACUACGAAGCAAGCAGAGGUGUUCUUUGCCCAGGUACUAUCGCACCACGAGACCUCGCCUGCAUGCACGGCGACCUGCAGGCUGAAGAAUGCGCGUUGAUCUGGCCUGGAGUGCCAUUUUAUGACAAGACGGGAACGGGGCCCCUGCGAGAAAACACGCCCCUGGUUCAUUCUUUGCACUGCUUCAACUUGAUGGUGAAUCGUAAUACACCUUGCAUUUGUUGUGGUGCCAAUUGUCUCGGUCUUGGUCCAGCGAUUUCUCGUCCAUUGCAGGUUCAGCCAGCCCAACCGCCAUAAUGUCUCCGUUGAGCGGGUCCAAACAAUGCUCGAUGCCGGUCACCAGUGGUUCAGGCGAGCAGCAAAAGAACGGACAAGGACUGGUAAAGAACGCCGUCACGGAAGACCUUCUGCCGACCCUCGAGGUGCCGUGAAUCCCGGUACACGGAGCAGGACUCUGGUGAAGCUGACAACCCCCCGGCACCAGGGGGAAAAAGUAUUUUGCCAUGGCAGUUAAGCGGUGAGGUGGCCGAUCUGAGUCCAAUACUCCGUAUGCAUGCGUCCGACACUUGCAUUCCUUUUUAUCUGCAGAGAUCAUCGUUUUCAUUCGUUUGCGCUGUGCCGGGCUCGUAUCCGAGUCGGGCGGGCGAAACUACUUUGGUGGAAUUAUUAUCAGCACUCUCGUAAGACAUACAAAUAGUGAUAGAGUGGCCAGAGUGGUCAACAAAAGAACUGCCGGCCAGGGGCAGGCAAACAGACCUGAGACAGUAGGUAGAUGCACAUCGCCUUUCUUGGAAUGACCUAUCUACUGCAGCACUCGAGAUGCAUCGUUCUUACCGCUUCAAAAGAAAGGAGCUUCUGCGGGAUUGAAUCAUCCCUUGCAGGCCCAGCGAUCAGCGUUGGGUGAGGUGAAACCCCGCCCUUUCUUCUCUUUGGGCUUUGUGCAUAUCCAGGGCUCACAAGGCGGGAUGCCAUCUCGUACCACUUUGCUGGUUAGACGGCUGCAUGGCCCUUGACACCGUGACACCUAGGACCUUGUUUUGUACACAGAUGGAGCACCAGGAAUGGGAUGGGGGAUGGGGAAUGCCUGCAGUCGACCGUUUACAUGGCUAUUUCUUGGUUGCAAUACGACCACGACUGUGAUCUGUUAUGUACUUUUCGAUACGUACUAACUAUGCCUUAAUUGUACCAUCAGUGCACCCCUCGCGGUUGGCGGACCGGUGCGCUCGUGCAGCCGCAGGAUCACGGAUCACCCGCAAUUCGAUCCUGGUUUGAGGAGUCAAAAGUUCUUCUACUGCACGUACCCAGUCAAAUCGUCAAGCACAACCUGUCCAGGACGGCCACGUUGGUUGUCAAGGCAUCUAUCUGCAGUGUUCUACAAUGAGCGGAUCAUUGAAUGGCUGCUGUAUCACUCCAACCCAGACAAGUUGAGGAACAUGUUUCAUCGACCACCAGGUGCAAGUUGCACAGCGCCGUUUGUUGCGGUGUAGUUGCUAUCAAUGGAUCGAGCUUGGCUCCGGGCCUCUAACCAACCUAACGGGCGGGAAAGCUGGCUGCGCUGUUUUACUCGUCAUAGAGCAAAACGGCAUUCCCAGUACCAGAACAACCCUCAAUCAAGUGCGGGGUCUUUCUUUUUGGUCGGCGACUUGACAAUGGAUGGCGGAGAUAUCAUCAAAACUCUGCGAACAUAUGUCUGCGACACGAAAUUAACUGCCCGAAAAGUCCCCGCUGCGGCUUUUAUAAGACAGCCAAACUGAGCAGUCGACAGAGGCUUGUCUUACACCGCAUCAACCGCAUUCGACUCUCUGUGAAACCACAUUCAGGCUCUCGACAAGCACCGGUUGUCUUAUGCGACCAUACUUGCUCAUUCUCCUGUACAACUUGGUCACCGUUUCACCUAGCACUGAUCCCGACAUUGCAACCAUGGCCGACGUCGUGUCCGAAAACCAGGCUUAUUUUGGGUGCGUAUAAUGAAUGAGCAUUUGUCCUCUGUACUGGAUGAUCGUUGCCAAACCCUUUGGGCGUGUACGGCUUGCUUAAGUUACUGGCCGUCUUUUCUUAUGCUCUAAGGUAGCAGAGCACACGACCGCAUGCGAUGCAGUGCUACACAUUUCAUCUAAAGUCCGUCGCUAAUGUAGUACAAUUAUAGCAAGAUCGCCACCGAAUAUGACCAGCGCAAUGCGGAUGCGAUUGUGCAGCUAGAGCGCGGCAUCCGAGAGAGGAUUCCAUUCAUUGGUGUCAAGCAAGACGCGAGGUUGCUAGACUACGCUUGUGGUACCGGCAUGCUCUCGAGGGUACGAGUUUCCCCUCCCAGGAGAGAUGAGCUCCAAGACGUUGACUUGGACUGACAGUGAGUUACAGGUCUUAGCACAGCAUACAAUUGAGGCUAUAGGCAUUGACUUGUCGGAGGAAAUGGUCAGGGUAUACAAUGCCCAGGCUCAAAGCCAGGGCUCUUCACGCCAAGCCUACCAAGGCAAUCUGGCUGAUCCUAAGGACCCCUCCCCAACAGCCUUUGCUGAUAGCAAGUUCUUCGGAUUCGACGUUGCAGGCGUGGGGCUCGGAUUCCACCACUUUGACAAGCCCGAUCUAGCAUCCAAGCAAUUGGCCGAGCGCCUCAACCCAGGUGGCGUCCUCUUCAUCAUUGACUUUGUUGCCCACAAGAUAGACCCCAAGGAUGCCGCUCUGCGUGGUAUAACACAUCAUGGGUUCAUUGAGGACGAGAUCAAGAAGAUGUUUGAGGAUGCUGGACUCACGGACUUUGCUUACCAAGAGCUCCCGGAACCCAUCACAUUCAAGGAUUGUCACGGCCACGAUCAUGGCCACGAGCAUGGUCAUAGUCAUGAUCACCAGCACAAUGAGGACAAUCACGGCAACAGUAGUGAGCAUGUUCAUAGCCAUGGGACGAAGAAGGGCUCAACUACGACUAAGAGGAUAUUCAUUGCCAGAGCGUCCAAGCCAUAAAAGAGUGUCUAAGGAUUGUCUUGUCGGCCCUUGACAGUAUGCCACCCAGCAUCAGAGGCAAGGUAUAUGACCCUCAAAUAUGUACGGUGUCAGUAGUUCACACGGCGCAAGCUGCCGACGGCCGUCAUCCUGGCAUUCGGCUUCCAAAGACGACACAGAAUGUCUUGUUCAAUAUCAUUACUUAGCUGCAUAAAUAACAAGUCACACUGACACCUAUAAUUGCACAAUAUCCCUCCGAUGAGCUGUCUCAUACACCAUCAAUGGUGGUUCCCAGAAGAAAUAGCAAUCUGAAGUCACCUACAAUCGUUGCAGUCAAAACCUGACUAUCCAGGGUACCCAGCUCUCUCAGUGCUCCUACUGGCGUUACAUCAGCCACCAGACACUGGAAUGAAUAAAGAAACUCAGGUCACAUUACAAGCCCAAUACAGCCCAGAAACAGCCCGUCCGAUCCAACAGUCCGGUCAUGCUUUGGUUAAACAGCCGUUCGUGACCGGAGGCUACUACUAGCCCGGCAUGAGUAAGUCAGCCCUUCGCCCUGGCAACAGACUCCUUCCGACGAAAUUUCUCCCUUCAAGUCUUCCCUCACACCCUUAUACCCAACUGGACCGUCCCGUCCCGCCCUUGCGGUCGAAGAAAACCUUGUCCGGAGGAGGAGCCGCGAGUAAUGGUGUGCGGAUGCAUUCUUCCAGCAGCAGCCACGCCACUUUGGAUCUCAAGGGAUGAAGUGAACCAUUCUUGGCACAUUAGUCGAUGAAUAGUCGAAGUUGGCUAUGGGAAACUAGAGAUGCCGUGUAUUGAAGAAAACAAGAGAAGGGAGGGAAAUGGCUUGUCCGGGGCGGUGCGAUCCCGUGUCUGAUGGGGGGGAGAGGGAUAUUAUGUGAGAGUCGCCCCUCCAGCCUCAUCCGCGCUCCCAGAACGCUCAGAGCAAGGGUCUCCCAACUCGUGCGACAAGGCUUUGCUCUGCUGAAGUGCUUUUGGCCACGCCCUUUGUUAUUGAAAGGCAUUGGGCGACUCUUGGUAAACAAGUGUGAAACACACUUUUAUUGUUGACGCUGGUGCCACCGAGCGGACGUCUGGUCAUUUCCGUCGAAUGCGCCAGCUCAAGUGAAUGAGAUACGUAUCGAUGACAUUAGCCCUGUCGUUGUCUGUGCGAGGUCAGCUUCGAUUAUUGAAACGUCUGUUGGUCAUGAAGUGACCGAGUGAUGCAAUCAUUUGGGUCUGAUCGUCGGGAGAUUAUGAGUUACCAUCUCUGGACUAGGGGGGACUUGGCUCAGCUGCUGGUGCGAUCCGAGGACAUGUUCAUUAAACAAUCAAUUCUAUGCUCUAAGAAACCAUUUGGGUGCCAAUGCCUGGAAGAUUUUGGUCUUGACAAGCGGCUAAUCUUGGCCGUCAAGUUCAACGACAAAAGCGCCACCAAGGAGAAGGGCCGGCUCUUCGAUUCUAUGAUGCUCGUAGCUUGUAUGUUGUUAGUGAAAUGGGCACAUGAAUAAUAAACAAGCCCCGUCGACUGACCUGAGUGUUCCAACACCACCUGCCUCC